ACUUGAUUUGAACGUAGUACAACUUUAAUAGCAAUUGUGUAAAACAAUUCUGUGAAAUGAUAAAGUUUUGAAUGAGUUUGAGCGCACGCACGUGUUUCUUCACGCAACGUUAGCAACGACGCAUGUGCAAGGAAUUCUUUUGAAGGGACAAAUUUCUCAGUCUGGCAAGAGUGGUCAAUACUCGAUAUUGCGGUACCACAUGGUAACGGAGGUAAAAUGGCGUUAACUGUUCCUUGUGUUGCUGUGAGAGGUUCCAUCGGGAUCAGCGUAGGACAAGGUCCACCGUCUUACGAACCAGUAAAGGCAUUCCCUAAAGAUGACAGUAAAACGUGUAAAGCGAUGGCUUUUAGUCCAGAAGGGCGUUACUUUGCUUGGGUUAAUGGAACAGCUGCCAAGAUUGUCCACUGUUCUACAUGGAAAAUUAUUACAGAAAUCAAAAGGCCAAAAAUUUCAGCUAUUUCUUUCUCCACUCGAAGCACAUAUUUUAUGACAUGGGAAUCAUUCACUGCAACACUGUCAAACCCGCAAGGAACGCCAAAUCUUAACAUAUGGAAAUCAGAAACCGGAGAACUAGUGAAGUCUUUUAUACAGAAAAAGCAAUCAGAUUGGGAACCUCAAUGGACAAGUGAUGAAAAAGUUUGUGGAUUGUUAAUUGGUGCAGAUGUCAUUCUGUAUGAGGAUGUCAAUUUUAAUAAAAUUAUGUACAGAAUAAAUAUAGCCAAAGUCGCUAAAUUUAGUAUAUCGCCCAGUAAUUCGCCAUAUUACAUUCUCUGUUAUAUGCCGGGGAAAUCUGAUCAGCCCUCGUUCGGUAGGCUGUUCCAAUAUCCAAAGUUUGAUUCGACACAAGCUUUGGCAACUAAAAGUUUCUUCCAGGCGGAUAGAGUAAACAUUUUAUGGAAUAAUAAUGGAACAAAUGUUUUAUUAAUGACUAGUACAGAGGUUGAUAAAACAGGCGCUUCAUAUUACGGGAAACAGACUCUGCACUAUCUUAGUAUAAAAGGAGACACUGCUAUGGUUACGCUUAGUAAAGACGGUCCUAUACACGCUGUCCAGUGGUCACCGAAAAAUAAUGAAUUCUGUGUUGUAUACGGUUUUAUGCCAUCGAAAGCCACGUUAUUUAAUCUUAAAUGCGAGCCAAUAUUUGAGUUUGGUACUCUGCAUCGAAAUAGCAUUUAUUACAAUCCCCAAGGGAACAUUCUAAUUUUAACUGGCUUUGGCAACCUCCGUGGUGGUAUCGAAUUGUGGGACGUUGGUAAUAGAAAAUUGAUCGCUAAAACUGAAGCACCUGAUACAACGCUCCUUCAGUGGUCACCGGACGGUGAACAUUUCAUGACCGCGACUACAGCACCCAGACUUCGAAUGAGCAACGGAUUCAAGAUUUGGCAUUACACUGGAACUUUAUUAUAUGAACGACCAUGGAACGAGCAAGAAGAACUUUGGGAAGUCGCAUGGCAGACUUUUCCUCCAGAUGCAUUUCCAGAGAAACCAAUUAGUUACAAGGCUGUUGAAGGCAUUGCACCUAGCCAGCCACAAGCAUCAAAACAAGCGUAUCGACCACCUUCCGCGAGAGGGGAAGGUAACAGUUUUAAAUUGCGCGAUGAUGAAAUGUUUAAAGAUAAGAAAAAAACACAGAAAUCUACGGCGAAAGCAAAAAAUAAAAAGAAAAAGGAUGCGAAAGAAUCUGACGCAUCGACAUCCUCUCAUUUAAGUAAUCCAAGUACAAAUGGACAAGUUAAUGCGAAUACAGAAGCACAGAAUUUAACCACGAACGUUCCUGAGUCCGACGAUUUGGAGAGGAGUAAGAAAAUAAAAAAAAUUAAGAGCAAACUAGAACAGAUCUCGAAGUUAAAGGAACUACAAGUAGCUGGAAAGCAAUUAGAAAUUAAUCAAUUGGACAAGAUUAAGAAGGAAGCUGAUUUAAUGAAGGAACUGGAGGACCUCGCUUUAUGAUGAACGUUUAUAAUCGCCGAUACACUUCUGAUGCAAACAGAAAAUGAUCUCUCACAUACGACGACACGCGUACAGAAGAUACGUUUGGCUGUAAAUAAAAUUUUCAUUCUCCGAAGAGGUAGUGGGAACAAACUAAAUUUUCAAAACGGAUUAAACAGGUUUCCACGUUAUUGAGGUUGUUAAAAUUCUAAAUAUAAAUUCCAUCUCAUGAGCGAUGACAAAGGAAUCAAUAUGGCCCAUCGCUACAUUUUUUUUUUUUUUAAUGAUUGUAAAAAAGAAAAUUAUGCGUUUUAUUUUUGAUUGUCAGAGUUUCCAUUCUGAUAUUUCUAAAUCGCUAAGCGCUAAGGGAUAGUAAUACGAUAGUCUAAUAAAGACCAAGCUUCCUUAUUAUGUAGUACCGUACAAGAGUUUUUGCACUGUAAGGAAACUUAUUUACGAUCAAUAAGUGAGAAAUUGUACGGGAUGAACCACGUCAUCUCGCGAGUCAAUAAAACGUUCAGUUGCAAUUUCACAGCUUGUACGGUUUAUCCUGUGCGAAUUGCACAACGCGAUGGAACGUUUGAGAUAGGAAGAUCAUGCAAUUAUAAAGUCAGAAAUUUGUUCCUCGCAUUGGAUUUGCACAUGAAAUCUGUUCCUCCAGUUCCGUUUAUGAACAUCUACCAGGAAUUAAAAAUAGACACAUUUCGUGAUUUCGUAGCUGCUGCAACUAUUUCACGAUUAUCGUGUAGGUAUCAUCGAGAACUUUUACGUCUUAUACAUCUUUUGUUGUCAUUACGUUUAACAUUCAAACUUUAUACCUUCCUUUCAAUAAAAGAUUACAAGACUGGUUGAACUACGAAUACUUGGCACAGAUUAACGAAUAAAUGAAAAGAAAACUGCCAAAAAAUUAAACUACAUUCGACGAUUAGAAAACUGUUUUUAAAUAAUAAAGAAAACUUAGCUUCUUUGAAUUAAUCGAUUCUCUUUAAAGUGUUCUAAAAAUACGUUCAAAGUUUGCCCUUGAUUAUUUUUCAGACUACUCUAGAAAGUUUAAUAGUUAUCCGGUAUUUCUACGUAUAAUUAUUAUAAUAAUUGUUGUAUUACUUGUUUUAAUUUAAUAAUUACUAACACCUCUAACGUUUUUAAGUUUACUUGAACAGUCGAAUUUGUACAAUGCGAAUUGUACAAAUUGAAGAGGAAAUAGAAUAUAUAUUUUCUACCUUCUUUCUAAUUCUUUUAAUACAAUGAAUAGAAAAUAAAACGGAAUCAUUAUAGUGCCAGACGCGCUAACGAUUUUCCACGAACUUAAGAUUAUAAAAAUUGUGUAUUAUCAAUUCUAAUAUGUACAUUCAAUAUGUAUAAAUUAUUACUUAUAAUUAUGAGUGAUGGGUAUACCGUAAAAUGAAGUACACCAAAAAAAAAAGGUCGCAAUCGCCAAUGUUGUGUAUAUUUAAGUGAAAUUUAUGAAAAUAAACUACUAAAGAAGAAUAAAAAGAUCGAUAACACGCAA